CGUCCGAUCUCUAUGACUUACUACCAUCUCAUGUCAGCUUGGUGGUAGAAACUGAUUUCUGUUAUUCUGGUCUACUCUCUCUCUCUUCUCUCUCUCUCUCUCUCUGGGAUCGCACUGCUUAAGAAUAUUAGUCCCGGACAACAGAGGGCUCCUUCUGCUCAAGUUCUUCCUUCAAAUCCUUCUGUUUCAUUCCCUCUCCGCUUUUCUACUUCCGUUUCAGUUGAAGACGUGAACGAGGAGCAGCAGUCUCUGAGUCACCUCCGCAAUGGUUUCCUUCGAAAUGAAUGACCGAAAAAAGAUUGGGCUAGGAUUGACCGGAUUUGGAAUUUUUUUCUCAUUCCUGGGAGUUAUCUUCUUCUUUGACAAGGGUUUCCUUGCCAUGGGAAAUAUCCUCUUCUUCUCAGGGGUGACUCUAACCAUUGGUCUGAAGUCUACCAUGCAAUUUUUUAUGAAACGUCAAAACUUAAAGGGAACUUUGUCUUUUGGCAUGGGCUUCUUCUUUGUUGUUAUAGGGUGGCCGAUUUUUGGCAUGAUUUUGGAAGCAUAUGGGUUUAUUGUACUCUUCAGUGGCUUCUGGCCGACAGUUGCAGUUUUCCUGCAGAGGAUACCUUUUCUUGGUUGGCUGUUGCAGAAGCCGUAUUUCAGAUCGAUCUUUGACCGGUACCGUGGCAGACGGGUUCCUGUAUAAGGCUGUGAAGUAACACUUUAGGAAGAUCCAUUCAUAUGGAGUAUGGUCAGGACAAGAGGUAUUGGUUAGUUUUGAUUCUAUGGUUAAGCAAAAGCCAUCAUGCUUCUUUUGUGUACAUCAAGAGACAAAUAGUUAUUGCUUUCUGCUAUUGUUUUGCCUUGUUUCAGUGUUUUAACUCUUGAAUGAAAUAUGAACUUUUCAUUUGAGGUUGGCCGCCAGCAA